AAGAAAAGGGGAAAGAAUGAUGAAGUUGAAGUCAAAGAGGUUUUGCAGAGGCAGCUUUAGGUUUGGCAAUGGUGGGAAUGGUGCAAAAGGCGGUGAAAAGAGAUGUGGAGAUAACAACAAGAAUAGUACUAUUAAUGAAAUCAAAUGGGAACUUAGGCCCGGUGGGAUGCUUGUUCAAAGGAGAGAAACUAGUGGUUCAAGUGUUGGUGAAGGGAUGAUCACUAUCAGAGUCUCAACUGUUUCUCAAUGCCAUGAUGUCUCCAUUGGAGCAACUUCCACUUUUGGGGAGUUGAAGAUGGUUUUGUCAUUGAUAACAAGCUUGGAGCCAAGGGAGCAAAGGUUACUAUUCAAAGGGAAAGAAAGGGGUGAUGAUGAAUAUUUAUACAUGAUUGGGGUCAAAGACAAAGAUAAAGUGCUUUUGCUUGAAGAUCCCGCCAUAAAAGAAAUGAAGAAGCAUCAUAGAAUGACAGGAACCCAACAGAUUGGCUCACCUUAUUGUACAAUAAGUGUAUGACUCUUGAUUGAAACCAACAAAAAUAUUGUACUUACUAACCACCAAGAAAAGUGCUAAACACAUGGGUGAAAUGUUUCACUUCGGUUAGAUUAGGGACUUGGGUUGUAUUAAAAGCUAAAUAUAAUUUAAUAUGAAAGCUGAUGCAUUGCCACAUAUUUUGGCAUAGUUUAAUAUGGUCAUAAAAGUAUGUUGAUUCCUCAUUUGAUGU